GUAUUACUAUCCUAAUUGACGGCAUAUAUAUUCGAGUAUCGCGAAAACAAAUAGUUCACCGAACAAAUACUCUCAACGUUGAGCAAAAAAUGCCUCUCAAACAAAAGUGAUGAAUCCACGAGUUGAGUUUUGAAAUCUGAACGCAAGCAACGAGGCGCAGUCAUGCAAACCUCAAGGCACUAAAAUCUUCGGGAAAAAGAGGUUCGAGUUUGUUAGGUUCAAUUUAUAUCGUCGAUUUGUCGAUCGUGAUUGGUGGAUGCGCUUACUUCUCAAGUUUUAUUCUACAGUUUUCUUUGUACUACGUGCCUCACAAUUUUGUGUAGUUUAUGGAAUUUUACAAUCCGCACUUCUGUUUUCCUACAUAACCUGCUAUCAGUGUAACAUAACCUGUUGUCAUACAACAUAAUAAUGUAUAAAAAACCUCAGCCACGAUUACUCGACGUAAAUAAAAUACCCGGUCAACCAAAGAGGCGGAAAAAGAUCACGCUCGUGUUUGACGAAGAAAAACGACGAGAAUUUCUAGGAGGAUUUCGUCAAAGAAAGCUAGAGCGGAAAAGAAAGGCCCAAGAACAGUUGCAAAAGCAAUUAAAAGAAGAACGGAAGAGAAUUAAACAAGAGACGCGAGAAUGUUACAAAAAAUUAGUGUCGCAUCGAAACGUCCCGGAGCUGGAAGAACUGCUGUCUCAGCAGGAAUAUGACAUGAAGGAUCACACUGUCAGCAUCCUGGAACUGAAUAUUGCGGAUCUCAAAGAAGGAGGUAAAUGGAUAGGCCAAAAUAAGAUCGAGGAGGAAAAGGAAGAGGAUCAGGAAAGUGAUGAAAGUGAACAUUCAAACAACGAUGAUGAGGAGAUUGUGGGAAUGUCACUAAAAGAGAAACAGAAGCUUCCAGUACGUCAGGAAUCUAAAAUUAAUAACCAAGACAUAAAAUCUCUGAAAGAUGUAAAACGUGAGAUGAAGAAAACGGCGCUGAAGCGAAUUAGGAAGAGCAAAGCCUUUCAACAGAAGCAAAAGAUAGAACAGCAGAAAAACAAAAAGCAGAGCAGACGAGAAUCGCAAAAGGCUCAGAAACUGGGACGCGACAAGAAACGCGAUAAGCAAGUCAGAAAUAAAUCAAGACAUCACUAAGGGUGUUUGAUAAAUGAUAAUGAGUUGUAAAUAAAUAUAUAAUUUUUUUGUUAUAAAUAUAUUUUUUAGGAACA